AUGACCCCCGCCGAAUCCUCCAUCGCCGCCAUCCUCGCCUCCAAGCUCAACCCCACCGCCCUCCUCGUGCAGGACAUCUCCGGCGGCUGCGGCAGCAUGUACGCCAUCGACAUCACGUCCUCCGCCUUCAAGGGGCUCAACAUGCUCAAGCAGCAGCGAUUGGUCAAUGGCGCGCUGGGCGACUUGGUCAAGGAGUGGCACGGCGUGCAGAUACGGACGAGGGUGCCUGAGGAUGCUUGA